GGGCUUUGCGUCCCCCUUGAGUCUGUUCCGCAAGUGUCAUUUUUGUUGUAGAUGUGUCAGGUUGUGUUUUUACGUUGAGUGUUAUAAAUAACCGAAUCGUCAACAAAGUGAUGUGUUUUCAGUGUCGUGUGAAACAAGUGUGUGAAUAAUGACCGAUUUGAUCGUUUCUCGUGGUGAUACUUUUCCGCGAGCCUUUUUGGACACGUAUCGUGCGAGCCGGACCAGUGAGCAAUUGUACAAUGACUUAAAAUCGAGCAAAAGCGACGAAUUAGUUCUGCAAAAUCCGGCCGACAUUCCGAUUGCACCGGAAAUCCAUCAUGGGCACUCGGAGAAUCUGUUGGAUGCGUCUGGGUGUUUGUCUCCGACUGAGAAUGACUUCUUGGAGUCUCCGGAGAUGAUCUUGAGGAGUAACAGGAGGAAGGUCAGGCCGGAUUACGACAGGGUUGAUCCAGAAGAUAGUAUCAGGGAUAUCGUCACAGGAAAUGAUUUUUACAGAUUCGUGCUUUUCAAAAAACACUACGAUAAGUAUGUCCACCUGUCGCAAAAGUACGAAGAAGCCAGGAACAUCGCCUAUUAUCUUGAGGAGAAAUACCAUGAAGUCAAGAUGGAAAGGGAUGAUCUCAUACAACAGAGAGACAUGCUGAGCAAAAGACUGGAAUCGAACGAAAGUUUAUUGAGGGAGAAAGAAGACGAGGUUUUUCUUCAGUUUGAACGAGUGGUUUAUUUGGAGGAACAGUGCGAUAAGCUGAAAGCAGAAAAAGAAAAAUUCCAUCAGCAAAAACUGGCAAUCGAAAAGGAGAAAGAAGCCGCCUACAGAUUACUGACAGAACAGGCCCGCGAAUCAGAACAUACACGUCGGAAACUGGAAAGGGCGCGUCAGGAAGUAUUUCAUCACAUGACAAGAAUGAAAUAUGAAAAAGAAAGCUUGGAAAGAGAGAACGAUCAACUGAAAGAGGCCUUAGAAGCGGAACGCAAAGGUAUGAGGAAGUAUCUAAACCAGAUGCAUCAAAGGAAAAAACAAGUGGACAGUCUGGAAGGACAGCUCACGGAUCGUCAGAACACGCCGUUGGCUUCCCAAUACCAAAAGGCCCUCCAACAUCUCGCCACGUGUAAGAAAUGUUCGGUCUGCUCUUACGCUAAAACGACAUACAGGAAGAACAGUCGCAAAUACGAUCGCAAGCUUUUGGGUUGUCUCCAAACGCCCUUUAUGGAAAUGCGCAACAUGAUAAAGCCGCCUCCUUCGCCCAUCCACGGCGAAGGCGAGAGUCUCUCCGAGUGGUUUUGCCAUCUCAACACCCCCAAUCCUAGCGAAUGUUCCUCGUUGAGUGUCCCAUUUGCGGAGUUGGCGAUCACGUACAUGGACGACACGUCGGAUACGUCGUCGCAGUGUCUCCGAGACCACGACGUGGACGAUUCGUCGAGUCAAGCGGCUUGUAAUAGCGGCAAAGGUUUCGGAAGCGAUUCAGGUUUUUCAUCCGAUAUUUGCGGCGAUUUUAAAAGUAACGCAACAACGCCAAAAGAGAAGUUUAGUCCGAACGGAACUUUGGACGAAGCGGACUGUGCCAAAUUAACUCGUACAAGAUGGACCGCGUCGUUUAGGAAGUUAAUCAAUCGUAUUAGAAAGUAGACUGAUUUUAAAAAAAGCACAAAUUGACAACAAUAGUAGGUGUUGAUGGAUUAUAAGACUUGAGCUGAUCGAAUAUCAAAUGUUUUUUCGAAAUUUAUUAUACUACAAUCACGUUUGUGUCUAAUUAAAUACGUAUCUCCUGUUUUUUCAUGUAACAGAUUUUCGUAGGGGAAUUAUAUAAUACUCCGCCCGUAGGCUCCGACAUUUUAUAGUUAAUGUUAAAAGUGAAUGUUAAAAAUAUAUACAAAGUGAAACACCUAUUUCUACUUUGUUAGAAAAUGAAAUGAUUUUAAAAAUUUGUUAAACCAAAUUGAGUAUUGCGUGCUACUUUAAAGUAUUAAAGUGUUUGUUCUUGCCUUUUUACAUAUUGAUUGAAAAUUUAAAUGUUUUUAAGUGCCGUCCAAGUAUUUUUAAAGCAGUUUAUGAUCUUAAGAAUUACUUUUUUGUUUAAUUGGUGGCAGUCUUUUAGUUUUAAUGACUAUUUAUUUCAACCAUUCCAAUAUUACAUAAGUUGUAGAAAUUUAUUAAGUGUGAACUUAUUACUGCAUCUAACGUUUUUCUGAUGCAGAUUGGCAGCAUUUGUGAUAAAAUAAAAGAAUUUGUCUGAAAAAAA